GUUGCCGCUCCCUGGCUUUCCGGCGGCUCGCGGGCGCCCACCCCGGAGCGAGGCUUUUUCCCGCGGGGGCCGGCUCGCUCCUCGGAGCCCGGGGGAACAUGGCCUCGGCCCUGGAGCAGUUCGUGAACAGUGUCCGACAGCUCUCGGCUCAAGGGCAGAUGACUCAGCUUUGUGAGCUGAUCAACAAGAGCGGGGAGCUCCUUGCCAAGAACUUAUCCCAUCUGGACACGGUGCUUGGGGCUCUGGAUGUACAGGAGCACUCCUUGGGCGUCCUUGCUGUUUUAUUUGUGAAGUUUUCUAUGCCCAGUGUUCCUGACUUCGAAACAUUAUUCUCACAGGUUCAGCUUUUUAUCAGUACUUGUAAUGGGGAGCACAUUCGAUAUGCAACAGACACGUUUGCUGGGCUUUGCCAUCAGCUGACAAAUGCCCUUAUGGAAAGAAAACAGCCCCUGCGAGGAAUUGGCAUCCUCAAGCAAGCCAUAGACAAGAUGCAGAUGAACACAAACCAGCUGACCUCGGUACAUGCCGAUCUCUGCCAGCUUUGUUUGCUAGCAAAAUGCUUUAAGCCUGCCCUUCCAUAUCUUGACGUGGACAUGAUGGAUAUUUGUAAAGAGAAUGGAGCCUACGAUGCAAAGCACUUUCUAUGUUAUUAUUAUUAUGGAGGCAUGAUCUAUACUGGGCUGAAGAACUUCGAAAGAGCACUCUACUUUUAUGAGCAGGCUAUAACUACCCCUGCCAUGGCGGUCAGUCAUAUCAUGUUGGAAUCAUAUAAAAAGUAUAUUCUAGUUUCUUUGAUAUUACUUGGAAAAGUACAACAGCUACCAAAAUAUACAUCUCAAAUUGUGGGUAGAUUCAUUAAGCCUCUUAGUAAUGCAUACCACGAGUUAGCACAAGUUUAUUCAACCAAUAACCCCUCAGAACUCCGAAACCUGGUGAAUAAGCACAGCGAAACGUUUACUCGUGACAACAACAUGGGGCUGGUGAAGCAGUGCUUGUCCUCUCUCUACAAGAAGAACAUUCAAAGGCUAACCAAGACCUUUUUAACACUAUCGUUACAAGAUAUGGCAAGUCGUGUGCAAUUAUCUGGACCACAGGAGGCAGAAAAAUAUGUCCUGCAUAUGCACAGCCUCCCUCAUUGUCAUCACCCCGAAGUGGUGCCCGUGUUACAGCAGAGCCCACAUGGACACAUCCUCACCGCCCAGAGUCCAGGGCUUACGAUAGAAGAUGGUGAAAUUUUUGCAAGUAUUAAUCAGAAGGAUGGUAUGGUCAGUUUCCACGAUAACCCUGAAAAAUAUAAUAACCCAGCCAUGCUCCAUAACAUCGAUCAGGAGAUGCUGAAGUGCAUAGAGCUGGAUGAGCGGCUGAAGGCGAUGGACCAGGAGAUCACAGUGAACCCCCAGUUCGUGCAGAAGAGCAUGGGGUCACAAGAAGAUGAUUCUGGAAACAAGCCGUCCAGCUAUUCUUGAAGCAAACGGCCAUCCUGAUGUAAACAAGAGGAGCUAUCACCGUGGCCAGUAGCAGCUAUUAGAAGGGCAGCAGGGAGGACAUGGAGAAAUUACAUUUUGUUUGACUUCUUCAGCCCUAUGUGCUUUCAGAAAACCAUUCUCUCUGCAAAGGGGAAAAAAAAUCAAACUUUCAAGUCUGUUGUGGAUUUAUUUAUCCUCAGAUUAAUGUUGUCAUUGCAUUAAAUCUACCCUUUUGUUUUAAAUUA